AUGUCUUUGAAUCAAACGCAAAUCAAGCAGGAGAUCACCCUCCCACCUGGCCUGAGCAAAACAAUCUCAAAGCAAAGCCAAGAGCCUGUGUCAUGCACUGAGCCCGUCUCACAUCCACAGCAGCAACCUGAAGUCCUAGUCCCAACACCUUGCCCAGAACCAGUCCCAGUUGUAGUGGUACCAUGCCCAGAAAAAACAGUGCCAUUGCCAACACCGGUGGUGGAACCAGGCAAUGGAGAAACACCAGUGGUGGUAAUACCCCAGGAGCAGCAGCAGCAGCAAUGCAAGCUGCCACCAACUCUCCCAACCAUAUCAUGCCCUGAGCCUGUUGAAGAGAAAUCAGCGUGCAAAGAGCUGCCUGUGCCAGCCCCUGUUUCCUGCUCUGAACCGACUCCAUGUGUGCUGGAGCAGCAGGAGUGCAAGGAGAUCCCUGUGCCAGUUCCUGCCACCAGCUCAGAGGCUGCAGAGUGUCCCCAAGAGAAGCAACAAUGCAAGGAGAUCCCUGUGCCGAUCCCUGUUCCAUGCCCUGAACCUGCACCAUGUUCCCAGGAGAAGCAGGAGAGCAAGGAGAUCCCUGUGCCCACCUCAUGCCCUCCAGAGAAGCAGGAGAGCAAGGAGAUCCCUGUACCAAUCCCUGUUCCGUGCCCUGAACCCACACCAUGUGCCCAAGAAAAGCAGCAGUGCAAGGAGCCCCCUGUGCCAAUCCCUGUUCCAAGCCCUGAACCUGCACCAUGUCCUCAGGAGAAGCAGGAGUGCAAGGAGAUCCCUGUGCAAAUCCCUGUCCCAUCCUCUGAACCUUCGCCGUGUCCCCAGGAGAAGCAGGAGUGCAAGGAGAUCCCAGUGCCCACCCCAUGCCCUCCAGAGCAGCAGGAGAGCAAGGAGAUCCCUGUGCCAAUCCCUGAUCCCUGCCCUGAGCCAGAGAAGUGUCCUCCCAUCGAGCAGCAACAGGUGAAGCAGCCCAUCCAGUGGCCCCCCACGCAGAAGUAA